CCAACAGCCAAGGCGUUGAAAAGAGCAUCAUAUGCAAAUUUACAGAGAAUUUCUUCGCAACAUAUUACGUUGUCAUAGACGUACUUUAACUGUCACCUCUUCAAGACCUCUUACUGCAACGCUCAGCCGCAAAAUGGCUUUCCCCCAGCGUCACUUUUACACCCCCGAGACAUCCUUCACCCCCCUCUUCCGCCUUCUUGACGACUUUGACAAUUAUUCUCGCCCAGGCAACGCUCAGCAACAGGGUCGUCGCUCUGGCCUGGCGCACUGGCAACCUAAAUUUGACAUGCGCGAGACUGACUCCGCGUAUGAGCUCCAUGGCGAGCUGCCCGGCAUGAGCAAAGAGAAUGUGAACGUUGAAUUCACCGAUCCUCAAAAUAUGCUCAUCAGUGGUAAAAUUGAGAGGACAUACACAUCUGGCACGCCACCUGCUGGAGCCUUAGAGGGAAUUGCAACGAGAGGCAAGAUCGCUGAGGGCGGCGAGGGACAGGCCAAGCCAUCUUCCCGCGAAGCAACCACCGAGGAUGCGACUGAAGAUACGGCCAAGUAUUGGCUCACUGAGCGUAGUAUUGGCGAAUUCUCACGCAAUUUCAGUUUCCCUACGCGAGUCAACCAAGAAAAUGUGACAGCGAGUUUUAAAGACGGCAUCCUCAACAUUACUGUUCCCAAGGCUGCUAAACAUGAGUCACGCCGCAUCACCGUCAACUGAUUGAUGUUUACUGGGAAACGGAGGGAAAGCAAUUUCGAAUUAUCACGGCAAGUCUAAUUGCAUUCUUCAGUUAAAACUAC